UUUUGAUUCGCGUUCCUGCUGCGACCAGACCAGACCCGAUCUGAUCUGAUCUGAUCUGAUCUGAUUUGAUCUGAUCGCACCCCGAGUCGCCCCUGCCCAUCGCCAGUAGCUACUCCAGAUGAAGCACCCCAUCGAAUCCAGCGAUCCAUCCCCGGCCGCAGCGGAGGAGCACACCGCGCCCAAGCGCCCCAAGAUCGAGAGCACGGAGCACCCAGCCUCAGCCCCAGAUCCAGACUCGUCCACAGACUCGCCUGCAGCCCCGCCCACCACCGAGUCUUCAGAUCAACCCAAGAGCAAGCUUCAGAAAGAGGGCGGACGUGACAAGGGUGGCAAGCAGAAGGCCGGAAAGUGGAAGCGAGAGAAAAUCGAAUGGACGCCUCGCGAGAAGAAAGAAGGCGACGAAGAAAGCGAUCGCCGACCCAAACGCAAGGUUGCCCUGCUCAUGUCCUUCUGCGGCACUGGGUACAAGGGCAUGCAGAUCAAUCCGGGCUCGCAGACAAUCGAGGGAGAGCUCUUCAAGGCCUUGGCCACAGUCGGGGCGGUCAGCAAAGACAACUGCUCCGGCGACAGCGCCGAUCCGCACAAGAUCUCGUUCAUGCGAGCGGCCAGAACCGAUAAGGGCGUUCAUGCUGCCGGACAAGUUGUUUCCCUCAAGAUGAUCAUCGAAGACAGCGACAUCAUCAAGCAACUGAACGAUAGCCUUCCUGCGCAGAUCCGAGUUUGGGACUAUGUCCGAGUCACCAACGGCUUCCACGCCAAGAACCAGUGCGACUCACGCAUAUACGAGUAUCUCUUGCCUACAUAUGUCCUCGAGUCGCCCGAGCCCCGAUUGUACCCCAACUCCACUAUCGCCCGCAAGAGUGGAAUCCUCGAGGAAACAAAAGCGCCACGAGACGAUCAAGGCUUCAUCGUCUUUGGCUCCGGCUCUGGCUCCGGUUCCGAAAAUACUUGGGAUCCAGCAGAGGCAAAGCGCUACCGUGUCCCCCGAGACAAGCUCGAGCGACUUGCGCUGAUCCUACAGCAGUACAAGGGAACCAACAACUACCACAACUUCACGGUUGGCAAGCGCUUCAGCGAAAAGAGCGCCACUCGGUACAUCAUCUCGUUUGAAGCUGGGACGCCCUUUGUCGAGGGGGAUCUCGAGUGGGUCAGCCUGAAGGUUCAUGGCCAGGCGUUUAUGAUCCACCAGAUCCGAAAAAUGGUCGGUCUUGCUGUCAUGAUGGUGCGCACCGAGACCCCGAUCUCGCUUAUGACCGAGACGUUCACGAAUGUCAAGAUCAACAUCCCGAAAGUUCCCGGUCUUGGCCUUCUCCUUGAACAGACCAUCUUCAAGGCCUACAAUGACAAGAUCGCGAGCAAGGAGGAGCGGCCACCAGUGGCAUUCACUCCUUAUCAGGAGUCGAUUGACAAGUUCAAGCGAGAGUGGAUCUACUCCAAGAUCGUCGAGGAAGAGCUUGCCGAGUCAACGUUCCAUCAGUGGCUCGAUGUUAUCGACUCCCACUCUGGCGAGUACUCGUGGUGGCUGAGGGCCGAUGGCAAGAUCAACUUGGACGAAAAGCCUGCAUUUUCCAAUGCCAACGGCAAGGGCAACCCCAACGCUGGUGCUGCUGAUUCGGACGAGGAGGGCGGUCAGGACGAUUAGCGAUUGCCUCAAGCCUCGCUCCCCGACCGAGGAUAGAGCUCUGCGAGUCGUGCAAAAUGCAGUGCCACACCUUGUUUGAACGACUGGUGGUGUGGCCUGGAUCGGGCUUGGACACGCAUCCACACGUCCACACUCUGGUGGAGUGGACGAUUGCUGGUUGAACUCCGACAGCUGGCUCGCAUCCCACCCAAAUCUCGACGGCGAUGGCCGUCAUACGACCGAAUACACCAGUAACAUCCACUAUACAA